AUGUCGUGCUAUACCUCUGGGGGACAUUGGGCCUGGGGAGGAGACCCGGCAGGAAUCGGCCACGCGCCCGAGGGGCUUCACGGGAGGUUUCCAGGGCCGCAGAAGCAGAAGCGGAGCGGGUGCUCUCAGAAGCGGAGCUUCGUGAGGGAGCGCUCACAGGGCACGGCGGCAGACCCGGCCGGUGAGGCUCUCCAUGUCGCGGGAGCACCGCACGCCCCAGGUCCCGGCACAGAUACCGCGCCUGCAGCCGGAAGGCCAGGAAUCCGACCACACACGUUCACCCUCAGCGUGCCUUUCCCGACCCCUUUGGAGGCGGAAGUCGCCCUUGGUUCCCUGGCUCCAGAUGCUGAGCCCCACCAAAGGGUGGUUGGAAAGGAUCUUACAGUGAGCGGCAGUGUCCUAGCUGUCCACUGGAAAGCUGAAGACUGUCGCCUGCUCCGAAUCUCCAUCAUCAACUUUCUUGACCAGCUUUCCCUGGUGGUGCGGACUAUGCAGCGCUUUGGGCCCCCGUUUCCCACUGAACCUGGGCUGGAAAAAGGGGCUGACGUGUAAUCUGGUGGCUCCUCCUAGGCAGUGAGUCCCACAGUAAUUACUUUAGUGUGGGGGCCUCAUAGUUUUCGUGGACUGGCCCCUGGACUCUCAGGAUCCACUUGUACUUAAAUGUACUUAAAUGUUUGUUGCCACAAAAAAUAAACUGAGCUAUGACUCCCA